AUGAGCAGUACCACUUACAAGCCCUUUCUCGGUGCUGUCAAAGUCGGCGACACUGCCACUUCGGCCGAAGGAGUGACAUCGUCAUCCCUCGCUGUCCAGUACAAAGACGAGGAGGGGGCGUUACAAACCUUCGUGGCCGAUCAGGCUUCAUUGACGAAGCUCAUUUGGGGCAGAGCUGAGCACGUUACUGAUGAGGCCGACAUCAACGCGUGGGACGGCUCACAAAUCGCCGCACUGGUGGGUUGGAUGGAGGCGGUCCCUCCUGAGCGGUACAACGACCUCUGUCUGCUCGAGAUCAACUCAGCCGGCACGGGGCCCACCAAUGACGCCUCACCCAGGGCCAAAGGGCACUUGAUGGUCUUUCGUCAGACAGUGCCAGUCGGCGGGACAGUGACUUCUGAGAUCUGUCACAUGUGCGACCUAGACCUCGCCGAGGAAGUGGACCGACCGGAGACGACUGUCGAGAACAACCGAGCGUUGUACAGCCGGGGCAUGAGCGGUGACUACUACGUCCCGCUGUCUAAGCAGUCGACCGACCGGAAAGUACCAGCCCUUCCUCGGAGACAUCCGAGGACUCUCUACCUUGUCUGCAAGAUCAAAGAACCCGAUACGUCUGCCAUCAUCACCUAUCAGGACGGGGAGACGACCAAGACGCUGGAUGGCGAGCAGAUGGCGCCGAGUGACCGCGACUGCAGUCAGCAAACGGAGCUGAGGAAGUGGAGCGCGAUCAACGCGACACCGUUCACUCAAGGGCAUCAGUACGUCGUCGGCCUGCUGGAGACCAUCAACUCAAAGUCCGAACCUCUAGUCGCCACGACCCCGAGCGACCGAAACACUGAGCCCAUGGCCAAGACCGGUGCGGAUUCCAAGACAGCACGAUACCUGCGGGUGUUCCGCCACAGGGUAACUUUCCCGACUUCAUCGCUGACCAAGACUUACAUUGAGUUGAAUCGGACGAAUCCGACACUGUACCCAACGAUCCCAGCGCUUCAGCACGUGUGCGAUCUACGCCUGGGCGAGGAAUCCGAUGCCGAGGACACUCCCAGGCGGAGCGCAACGUCGCUGUGGUACGUUCUCUCUGCAAACUCCUGCAUCCCGGAUCAAGAGCACCAGAUGAAGGAGUACCGCGUCUUAUCUGAUUCAGGCGAGGAUCUCGGCUACAUCAGGCUACAGGGCAUCGAGGGGCUUGUGCACAGCCCCAAUGACGGAACGCUGGUCGCUCGUGGAGCUGCAUUGUCGGGCUUCGAUGGGACUGGCAAGCGCUGGGUCAGUGACACCGACCACCAUGCUGUCAUCCUCCGGCCGACAGCUGCGAGAGCAUCGUCAGCGAGCGCCAAGGCUUCCGGGGCGAGGCACCAUGUCGAGGAUGUGACUGAGGCACCAGUUGACGCCCGAAACGUGGAGGAUUUGCAAGUCGAGGUGACGGAGGUGCAGAUUGUUGGUGCGGAAGUGACGAGCGCCAAGGAAGUGGCAGCCGAAGCCUUGGCCCUCGAGGACCCGGACUGGGAGCACAUCGAUCCCGAAUCAGGGUCUGAAGAUGACUGGCAGCAUGUUGACGACGCCAACGUCAGCGAGUCGAGCGAUGAGCAGUCUUGA